CUACAGGUGCACCUUCCACCAAGAAACUUCGCUCUUUUAUCGAUCUUCUGCCCGUCGCUCAUUAUUUAAAGCCCUCUUACACCAUUACUUUUUUCCCAUCAACUUUUUGUUUCAGCCUCUCCUACGUGCAUAUCAAUAUUUGGCACAGAAAUUAAUGGCAUUAAAAGGCGAUGUUAUCGAGUUUGAAGAUUUUUUCCCUGCAAUGGUGGAGAAACUUGGCGCAGAAGGAUUCUUGGAUGAGCUGUGCAAUGGGUUCAGGUUGCUGAUGGAUGAAGAAAAAGGGUUGAUCACAUUGGAGAGCUUGAAGAAAAAUUCGGCUUUGUUAGGUUUGCAAGACUUGAAGGAUGAUGAAUUGCAAUGCAUGUUAGAAGAAGGGGAUUUGGAUGGUGAUGGGAGUCUGAAUGAAAUGGAGUUCUGUGUUCUUAUGUUUAGAUUGAGUCCUGAAUUAAUGAAGACUUCAAGAAUGUUUGUUGAAGAAGCUAUAUUGAAUCAGUUUUAGGCUCUAAUUUAGUAAAAAAAAAUGGAAAUUUGGAUUCAUAUAUGAA